CAACUUUGCAAAAUUUGCUUCCGUCCUUUUACUGUGGAAGCCGAGAGGCUUUGGUUUGGUUAUUCUGUAAUCGCGGCUCAUCUGAGGUCGUGAUGGGGAGGUACUCGGUUGACCCGGAUAAUGCAACCAAGUCGUGCAAGGCACGGGGCUCCAACCUCCGGGUGCACUUCAAGAACACCCGUGAGACGGCACAGGCGAUCAAGCACAUGCCGCUGCGUAGGGCCCAGCGCUACCUGAAGAACGUCAUCGCGAAAAAGGAGAUCGUGCCUUUCCGGCGGUUCAACGGUGGCGUGGGCCGGAAAGCUCAGGCUAAGGCUUUUGGCUGCACUCAGGGCCGCUGGCCAAAGAAGAGCGCUGAAUUCUUGUGGCAGCUGCUUCGUAACGCUGAGAGCAAUGCUGACUACAAGGGUCUGGAUGUCGACCGUCUUGUGAUCGACCACAUCCAGGUUAACAGGGCUCCUAAGAUGCGCAGGCGCACCUACCGUGCCCAUGGACGUAUCAACCCCUACAUGAGCAGCCCCUGUCACAUAGAGGUCAUCCUGAGCGAGAAGGAGCAGGUUGUUUCUGCACCAUCAGCUGAAGAAGAUGCACCCAAGAAGAAGCAGUCGAAGAAGAAGAUGGCACGCCAGAAGCUGAUGCAGAGGGACUGAGCCCGUUCCACAACUGUACCAUAAAAUGAUUAAAAGAAAAUGCGGCCAGAAA